AUGGGAUUUUUGCCCAAUGAUGCAAAAAAUAUACUGCCUACUACCACUUUAAGAGAAAAUGGUCAUACCAAACCAGUAAGGCUGAGGCUGUAGCAGCAAAACCUUUGAGUGUAUUGAGUUGAGGAAGUGUGUGUUUUAUAACCAUGUAGGAAUUAAACCUCUGUGUUAGCCUAUUUCUUGUUUCACAUUGUUUCACAAGUUACACAGUGUGGCUGUGUUGGGAGGUUUUGGAUCCCCUCAAGUUGGCAUGCAUACAUUAUUUGUCACCUGACUGGAGUUCUAUGCCCACCCAGAUUACCUGUGGACACCUUUAGAAGGCGCCUUUUAAUUCCCCUGAAGCAGUUGUUUUUUUUAUUGAGACGGAGUGAAAUCCGGAGGAGUGAGAGCUCCUUUCACCCUAUCUGUGUCCCGCUUACGUCACGGCGGUCCGCUGGUGUAUCCGCCCUGCUGCUGCUGCUGCUGCUUCCUGCUGCUGCUGAGGCUCCACUCCGUCGCUGCCUGUAGCCUGUAGCCGUCUAGCCGUACCCGCUGCUGCUCCUCCUCACUACCUACACAUUCACAAGUUCAACAAACCGGGGAAACGUCGACAUUUCCGGUGGAGUGGUGUCAGGGAGCUCACUGAACAGGACGACCGACAUCAUGGUGGUGAACAUCCCAGAAUACUAUGCAGGAAAAACUGUGCUGAUCACCGGAGCAACAGGCUUCAUGGGCAAGGUGCUGCUGGAGAAGCUGCUGAGGUCCUGCCCGGGAGUCAAAGGUGUCUACGUGAUGGUCCGGUCAAAAGCUGGGCAGAGCCCUCAGGCCCGCAUCGCUGACAUGAUCAACUGCAAGUUGUUUGAAAGAUUGCAAGAGGAGCAGCCGGGCUUUGCAGAGAAGAUCGUAGCAGUGACCAGUGACCUCACACAGCCGGAGCUGAAUCUGAGCAAAGAGGAUCAGAGCAUCCUGGCUGACAACGUCAACAUUGUUUUUCACUGUGCCGCCACCAUCCGCUUCAAUGAGCCACUCAAAGACGCCAUGCAGCUGAAUGUCCUGGCCACCCAGAAGAUGCUGGCACUGGCCCACAGGAUGAAGCACCUGGAGGUCUUCCUUCAUGUCUCCACAGCCUACGCCAACUGUGACCGAGAGCUCAUUGAGGAAGUUGUAUACCCUCCCCCCGUAGACUACCGCAAACUCAUCGAUUCUCUGGACUGGAUGGAUGACGAGCUGGUGUCAGCUCUGACUCCCAAGCUCAUCGGGGAGCGUCCCAACACCUACACCUUCACCAAAGCCUUGGCUGAGUAUCUGGUGCAGCAGGAGGCCGGAGACCUCAACGUAGCCAUCAUCAGACCCUCCAUAGUUGGAGCCAGCUGGAAAGAGCCCUUCCCCGGUUGGAUUGAUAACUUCAACGGACCCAGUGGAAUAUUCAUAGCAGCCGGUAAGGGGAUCCUGCGUACAAUGAGGGCGUCUAAUGACGCUGUGGCUGAUCUGGUGCCCGUGGACGUGGUCAUCAACGCCACGCUGGCUGCAGCUUGGUACUCUGGAUCACAGACACUCAACAGGUCUAGAAACAUCAUGGUUUACAACUGCACGACCGGUGGGAUCAACCCGUUUCACUGGGGGGAAGUUGAGUACCAUGUAAUAUCCACAUUCAAGAGGAACCCCCUUGAGCAGGCCUUCCGUCGGCCCAAUGUUAAUCUCACAUCCAAUCACCUAAUCAAUCAGUACUGGAUCGCCGUGAGCCACAAGGCUCCGGCCUUCCUCUAUGAUCUGUACCUCAGGCUGAUUGGACGAGAGCCCAGGAUGAUGAAGACAAUCACACGCCUCCACAAAGCCAUGAUGGUCCUGGAGUAUUUCACCAGUCACUCCUGGGUGUGGAACAACGACAACGUGGCCAUGCUGAUCGGCCAGAUGAGCCCUGAUGACAAGAAGGUGUUUAAUUUCGACGUGCGUCAGCUGCACUGGGCGGAGUACAUGGAGAGUUACUGCAUGGGCACCAAAAAAUAUGUCCUGAACGAGGAGCUGUCGGGUCUGCCUGCUGCACGCAAACACCUCAACAAGCUGAGGAACAUCCGCUACACCUUCAACACCGUCCUGGUGGUGCUCAUCUGGCGCGUCUUCAUCGCCCGCUCCCAGAUGGCCAGAAACAUCUGGUACUUCGUGGUGAGCCUCUGCUUCAAAUUCCUCUCCUACUUCAGAGCUUCCUCCACCAUGAGAUAAUGAGCCCGGGACAGGGCGAGGGGCGGUGGGCGGCGGCCGGCGAGGCCAAGGGGGCCAAGAAUUGAAGAAGAACCACCGGCCGUGGAUGAUGAGAGCUUUUCCUGCUGUCUGUCUCUUGGCCCCCCGCGUUUGCCUCGAGGACUAAGUGGAACCGUUAAACCCCCAUGAACACAGACGGGAGCUGCUGGACGAGCCUGGAAGUCCACAGCACGUCUAACUGUUGCAUAUUUCCGAUCCAUCUAACCCCAUCUCUAGCAUCUCAUAAAACUCAGACUAACAGCACUGGGACUAGUUAAAGACACAGGAUCAUCAUUCUGUUCAUGUCCACACAGUCCAACCCCCCCCCCACCCCCCUUUGGUGCCAGCUUUACUGCUGCAGGGCACCCAAACCUGCUCCACCUCGUCGGUCUGCUCGCCUGGCUGCCUGAAAAACAAAGCUAUGCAUUGGCUGAUGCUCUGCUUCAAGAAGCCUCAGUUGAGUUUUGAGUCAGUCCAGGCUUCCUUCUUCUUCUGGAGCUAAAUCUUUCAUUGAACAGUAACCACUUCAGCUGCUGUGUAAGUUCAACUUUUUGGUUUUGUUUUCAUUCUUGUUCUCCCUUGAGUUUGUGUGUGGUUCUUUUUUCUGCUUGUAAGGCCUAUUGAAAUGUUAUAAAAACCUGGUAUUCUCAGCAGGGUUUUAAUCUGGCAGCAGCUUUUGCUCGGCAAAAGCGCAUGCUGCUCUCAGCUUUCUGGGGCGGCGGAGCCAGGUUUUUUCACAUUUGGUUGGAGGCAGUUGAAGGAGGAUUCAGCAGAGGCUUGUUCAGGGACAGACUAUUCUAGAGAUCAUUGUUUAAAGCAGACCAAAGCCCUUUACACCCAACAGCUUGGUAGAGAUAGAGAGAGAGAGAGAGAGAGAGUGCCCUACCUAGAGUUGUCUUUUACUCUUCAGAGACACACACUCAACACCAGUGCACUCCUGAAUGUCCCCCAGGGCUCGUUCCCUCAUUAGGACCAAGCACAACGUAGAUUGUAAUCCGAUGGCUUUAUCCAGUCAGUGCCUACCAACUCAUUGUUCUCACAUCAGCAUCAUCUUACAAAUCAAGCUUGUUUUUCUUGCAGGUUAAUUCCUUUUUCUUUUUUUCUUUUUUUUCUUUUUUCAUAUCUGAAAGUCAUUUGAUUUUCAAGCUUUUUUUUUUGCCAAAAUACCUCUUAGCUGGCAGACUGGUAGCUCAGUGGAGGAUGAGAACAGAACAUAUUGUCACUUCUGGCUUCUUUUCUCUACGCUAUACUCCAGAAUUGAAACUCUUUUUUUCAGUACCGGUUGACCUACUGGGUCACGGACCAGUCGGUCACUGUGGGUGAUGACUCUUUUGUUAUUACACUACUUUCAGGUAGCUCCAACUGUAGCUCGCCCCCCUCUGUGUGAAAGGUUCUGUUAGUCAUCUCCCUCCGUGUGAUCGAGUCAUUUUAUGGGUCCUGGUCUGUCAUGUUACUCGUUCAUUGAGUUGCUUCUGUAAAUAGAAGUGUGCAGGAUUUUGGUCAUGUGCUCAUGCUGUUUAUAAGCUGCUGGGAAACCCUUGGACCAUUCUGUUGCCUUCAUCAUUCCGUCUUGUUACAUAAGAAAUGUCGAUUUUGUUACAGAAUUGGCAACAUGAGGCUCAUAAUUAACCCCUCUUUGCCAGAUUAAGUCUUGGGUUUAACAUGCCCGAGGUUUACCUGUCUGUUACUUAUUAGGGUGUGACCGUGUGCAUAUCCCUGGUCGUGCUUGCAUGUGUCUGCUCAGAGUGUCUUCGGCCAUAGCGGCUUCAAAACAGCGACACGUCCAUCCUGUGAAUGUCCUGUUUUCAUUAAGGAAUGCGAUGUCGGUGUUUUUCACGCCAUUUUUUACAAAGGAUCAUGUGACUUGGUGGUGGAAAGACGAGUGCAAGUUGUGAGUCGUGCCUGAACUUUUUUCCAAUAUUCUAACAAUGUGAACAGAGAGCAAUCAGAUCUAUGUUUUCUAAUUAUUUUGUGUACAGCUCUAUUUAGGUAGACGAUGAAAUGCAGAUGUAUUUUUUAUGCUAUGAUAUCGCGUGGCUAUUUUACCGACGACAAGCUUCCUGAAGCAACUCCAGCUGCUGUAAAUACGUCAACAGGAAGAGCGGUCUGUCCAGAGCUCCAUUUAAAUGUUACUGUACGUGACUUUACUGUAUAGUAUGUACUUGUAAAUUUUCCCUCUCUGAAUGUAAUAGCAGAAUAACGCAGCCUGACUUGUUCGCACAGCCAGAAUCUUCCUUUGACUCCUGAAACCUAAACUAAACUAACAACGCUGUUCCUGGCUGUCAUUUUAACAUGAAGUGUGCCGUGUGAUGAAUUGUUGCUGUUUGUAACUCCAUCUGCUUUGUGACGGGUCGAGUGAGGAGGUCAGUUCGGCGAUGCCGAAUGGCUUGUUGGGAGAAAAGCAACGGUGUGUCUGAUUUAGGGUUCUCUUCAAGCUUGUUCUUGAGAAGUGAGAGGAACUACCGAAUCCUACCAAUGGUUUGUUCAUCAAACAUCAGCAUCUACUCCACUUGGAACAAAUCCUUAAUAGAGUUACAUUGAUCCAUUAUGCAAAUAAUUGAAAACAUAGUUUUAAAUAUCUAAGUAUUUGUGUAUAACAUGAAAUAUUCAUCAGUAAAUACGCAAUAAUCUCUGGACUUUCUCCAGUCUCUGCUGGUUGCCUAGCAACCUCACGAUGACGAGAAGACGCCCCCGUUGCACAGCAACGUGUCGGGUUUUUGUACAGAUGAGACAAGUUUAUACAACAUGUUAAUAAUUAGAGAGCUUCAUAGGGGUCGUGGCUGGAAGGUAACCCACAAAUUGCAAAACUCCGGUGAGAUGGUUAAGGUUAAGGCUUAACAGAUUUUGAAAAUGUGGGAGAGCCCACACAUGACGACAUGUUCUGUUAAAUUGAACAGUUUUGUUCCUGUAGUGUGUGGAGAGCAACGAUUUGGCCCAAACAGCCAGCACACACUAACAAAUUCAUUCAUGAACAACAAGUGUCACGACUAA